AUGGAAGCAAGCAACGAACUCAGUACAGGAAACAACGGAGCUGCCCCUACUCCACCCUUCAAGAAUGGAGGAUUUGUCCAGCAACUCAUCGACUUCAAGAAUGGGUACAAAAUGAGAGGAGGAGAUUGGGGCAGUCUCACACAGAUCUUCUUUGACAAUCUCUCGACCCUCUUAGGAGCGCUGUUUGCCAUCCAAGACAUGCGCAAUUUUGGAGCUCCUAUGGAUUCCAUCAACUCCAUCAUUUGGGGCAAAAUUGUUCCAGGUGUUGGAUUGACCAUGAUCCUUGGGAAUGCCUACUACUCCUGGCAGGCCAUUCGUCUGACCAAAACCUGGGGGCGUCCCUACACGGCCCAACCCUAUGGACUCAAUACACCUGCUGCCUUUGCCUUUGUCUUCAAUAUCAUGUAUCCUGUCUACUUUGCCAAUGUUGGAGACAAGGGUCCUGCUGAAGCCUUUAGUAUGGCCUACAAGGUGGCACUGGCUGCAAAUUUCAUCACUGGACUCAUCUCCACAAUCUUGGCAAUUUUUGGACCUUUUAUCCUCAAAGUUGUUCCUCCUGCAGCACUCUUGGUCCCCAUUGCCGGCAUCGGUGUUGCCUUUUUGGGGCUUGAACAAGUCACCAACAGUUUGGCUGCACCUCUUGUUGGAUACAAUUGCAUCAUGUGGGUAUUCUUGGGAUGGUAUGCUGGAGUCCGCCUUGGCUUUGGUUCCUUCCGAAUGCCAGAAGCACUCCAGGUCAUUUUGGUUGGUGUUGCUCUGGGAUGGGCCACUGGCAUCAAUGAAGGACAAGCUGUUCAGGAUGCCGCCGGAUUGGUCAAAUGGUACGGACCUACCUGGACGGCAGGGGAUCUCUUUGCCGAUUUUGGAAUGGUCAAGGAUUACAUGGGCAUUGUCAUCCCAAUUGGAAUCUCUGCCACUGCCACUUCUUUGAUGUGUUUAGUCAGUGCCAAGCAGGCAGGAGAUCCGUAUCCAGUCAGAGAAAGUAUGAUUGUUGAUGGAAUUGGAACAAUGAUUGCCAGCUUCUUCGGAAGUCCAUUUGGAACUACCCUUUAUAUUGGCCACCCUGCUCACAAGAAGAGUGGUGCUCUCACUGGAUACAGUCUUACCAAUGGAAUCAUUUACCUCUUGCUAUCCUGGUUUGGAAUUCUGGCUUUGAUGCAAUCCAUUGUCAACCAAGCUACCAUUGGACCCAUUGUCCUGUUUGUUGGUCUUGCAGUCAAUGAGGAGGCUCUCAACUUCAUCCCCUCAAGACACUAUGCUGCCUAUGUGGUUGGGAGCCCCAUCCAAGAUGAAUUUGGAGGCAACAUCAAUGUGACAGGCUUGAACAGCUGGUUUGGAGUCUUGGCUUGGAAGAGAGGUGCUCUCUUGGUGUCCUUUGUGUGGGUGGCAAUGCUUGUCAAAGUAAUUGAUCGUCACUGGUCAAUGGCAGCUGUCUGGUCCUUGAUUGGAGCUGCCUUUGCUCUGUUUGGAAUUAUCCAUGUUCCUGAGGCUGGAUUUGAUACUUUUACUCAGCCAACAUGGGAACAAUGCAGCACUGUUACUUCCUGUACAGGAGAAGGGGAGUUGGAAGUAUGCACCAACUCGGUUGAGUGUUGGGACCAUGGUGAACAGUGGAUGUUUACCGUUGGCUAUGUCAUGUUUGCAGCCACCUUUAUGGUUAUUCACUUUGCCCAAAAGUAUGGAAAUGAUCCCACCCUGUUGCCACCCAUUGUUGAUGAAGAGAAUGACCAGGCAUUUGCUGAUUGGUUUGCAGAUGCUGCAAUUGACACUAGCAAGCAACUUGAAAAUCAACCAGAAAAGCAAGAAACAGAAGUUUCCAUGGGUACUGAUCCUCUAGACUCCAAGAGCACUGAAGAUUUUCCAGAUAUGGAACAAGAGGAGGAUAUGGAGGAGGAAGUUUCAGCAUAG